UUUAACGCCGAAUUUGUUUGAUUGAGUUUUAUUGAGGGUGUGAGCUGAACAUUCUGGGGGUGUGGGGGCACUGAUAUCAGAGGUAGGCGUUUGAGGCUUUUGAAGACAAGUAUCCAGCUAGAUGGGUCUCGAAUUCAAGUAUGUGGAGGAUUCGAGCGAUGAAGAUGAGAAGAUGACGGCCAGCGAGGAGAAAUGGCAGGAUCUGGAAGCAUUACAAGCGCGGCACGAGGAACUAGUUAACAGCAUGUAUCGAGAGGAGCUGCUGAACUACCGCUUCAGCGAGCUGCAGGAGCUUCAAGAUGCCGAGAAUCCCAACUUCGUAGAGGAGAUCAUCACCGGCCAUAUGGAGGAAUGCGCUUCUUGCAUUGAGGAGCUUGAAAAAGCUUUAAAGACAGAUCCCGUGGAUUAUCAUUUCUGCAGCCCGGUUUGGAGUUACGGUUGCCAAAUUGGAAACUCGAAUGCUUCUAUCGGUGCUCACCAGGUCGCGAUUUGGUGUGGGAAAUUCCGCGACUGCGUUAGCCGAGAAGACAAGCAAGGUUGUCUGGAUGCUCUGGAGAAGGUCAAAGAAGCGUUCGACAUUUUGAGGCCAAAGCUUCUCACCAUGCUUGAAUUUGAGAGAGAAAUUGCGGCUACUGGUGGCACAGUCUAUUACAUGAACUGCAACAAUCAUGUUUAACGCGAGCAGAUAUCAGAUGGCAACAGUCACAAGUAUGCAGGGCUAUGCUUUAGGGUAAUAAAUUUCCGAGCGAGUUUCAGCGUCAUCGCACUUGGCUUGCAGACGUGGAUGUUACAGCAAGCAUGCCAACAAGUUAGGCGUUAAUCUAUUCAUGCUUCGGCUUCAAACAGUUUGUGAAGUCAAGUUUUGCUUUGGAACAGGUUUAGAAAAUAUUUUAAGUAAUUGAUUUAACUUAUGUGCGUUGUAAUACGGCCCUCUUUGUGUUGUCUAGGCCGCGUAUGUUUCGCUGAUUCACGUAAAGUGCCUAUGUUUCAUUAAUCAUAUGCAACUUUGCUUGCAA